CAUCUGUGCCUAACUCAUAAGUCGUUGUGGUCCCAUCAGGUGGGUACGCGACGCUACAUGGCACCUGAGGUGUUGGAAGGAGCCAUCAACUUCCAGCGAGACUCCUUCCUGAGGAUCGACAUGUACGCCAUGGGUCUGGUGCUUUGGGAACUGGUGUCCCGUUGCAACGAAACGGAUGGUACGGUGGGUGAAUACCUUCUGCCGUUUGAGGACGAAAUAGGGCAGCAUCCAAGCCUGGAGGAUCUGCAGGAUGUGGUUGUGCACAAGAAAAUGCGGCCAGUCAUCAAAGACUGUUGGCUCAAACAUCCGGGUCUGAGCCAACUGAGCGAGACCAUCGAGGAAUGUUGGGACCACGACGCCGAGGCCCGCCUGUCGGCCGGCUGCGUGGAGGAGCGCAUCGGCCAGAUCGCCAGGACCACCGGCAGCACUACCUCAGACGGUCCCGUCUCCAUCGUCACGUCGCUCACCAACGAGGACCUACCUCCCAAAGAGUCCAGUACCUGAACACGGGCAGUGCUCCUGACUUUUUUUUUUUUUUAAUUUGAUUUUUCAAACACAAACUCAGUGGAUCUCGGUGAAUAUUUAAUAACAUGCAGCUGCUAUUUUAUCCCCAUACUGGUAUUUUUUUUCCUGGGGCAUCGGAUCUUAUUAACACAUUCAUCUGCUGUAGUUUGGAUGUAGUAUAUAAGCUAUGCGACAGGCAACACUAAAAGUCGUUAUUACCUCAUGUAUUUUUUUUUCUUUUUGUUAAUUACCUCAUUUUUUUUUAAAAAAAGAUGAUUUUUUUUUUUUUGAACUUUUCUCCCCUUCCCCGUCAAGUGAACUUUUAAGCUCCAAAACCUCUGGAGGAUUUUGAGACUGUUAGAACGAGAUAGAUUCAUCUUCCUCAGGGGUCAAUGCUUCUCUGAUUUUUAAAACAAACGUGUGCUCCCCUACUUUUUAAACCUGUGAAUGCCUCCCUCCCACCGGAAAAGGAAAAAGUUGAGGAAAAAAAAAACAUACAGUAUAUAUAAAUAUAGAUAUAAUGGAGCACAGUGG